AUGACCAAGAAUCUCCCUAGACUGUCAUUUAACAAGAAUAUAAUCUCUUCUGUGAAUGAUACGCUAUCAUCAAAUGAAUUAUUAGCCAGAUUAGGAACCUUACAUGACGAACUUUCAUUAUUUGAACAGGGGCAAUUGGCCAUUGAUUCAUUAUCUCGCUAUAAGUCAGAUUUAAUUAGUAAGAAACUUUUGAAGAGUAAAGAUCCUGGUGUUCAAGCUUUUGUUGCAUGCUGUUUGAGUGAUCUUUUAAGACUAUAUGCACCCGAUGCCCCAUAUACGGACGCCGAAUUAUGUGAAAUAUUCAAGUUAUUUAUCAAUCAGUUCAAAAUGUUAUCUGAUGCUGAAAAUGGGUACUACGUACAGCAAACAUACCUAAUUACAAGGUUACUAGAGUUUAGGUCGAUAGUGUUGGUUACUGAUUUGUCUUCGUCUCCUAAACUCAUUGAAGAUAUAUUCGCGGUAUUUUAUGAUAAAGAGCACAAUUCUUUCCAGCCUAAGUUGACGAAAAUCAUUGGCUGCUUACUAGGUGAAAUCCUCUCCGAGUGUGAAUCAGUGCCAAUGUCUGUUCUGAGAAAUAUUUUUAAUAAAUUCUUAACGCAUGAUCUUGGCGAUAAAUUAAAUCCUCUGAAGUCCACAAUAAAGGAUCCGGCAUUCGAGUUUUCUUUGACUAUUUGUCAGUCUUACUCGAACCGGCUUGGUCGUCAUUUUACAAAGUUUUAUUCAGAAAUAUUGUACGGUAUUACAAACUCAGAGCAGAAUAGAGAAACCGGCCAGUCGGGAGUUAUUCAGUCCACGCUGGACGCAGGAUUCAAGACUCUAACUAAAUUACACAAAUUGACCGCAAAUAUCUGGCAACAUGUUCCGGAAUUGUUAAGUUCAGUUGUGGGAUUUGUGUACCAAGAAUUAUGCUCGGACAAUAUCCCGUUAAGAAUCGGGGCAACUAGACUAGUUGCAAAUAUCCUAGCGAUACCGUCCGAGGUAAAUUUUGUGACACAAUAUAAUGACACUUACAAGGCAUGGUUGUUAAAAAUUGCGGAUAUUAAUAGUACUGUACGAUCUGAAUGGGUCAAUGGUAUACCAGACAUUAUUAAUGCGCGGACCGAUAUCAGUGAGGAUAUUUGCAAAGGAAUAAUCAAGACUUUACUUGAUGUGAAUGAGACCGUUAGAUUAAACACAGUUGAAAUCUUUCAGGACAUGCCAAUAAAAAACUUUUGGAACUUCAUUAAGGAUGCUACAAUUUAUACGGAGCUCUUACAGUUGACCAGAGAGAAGAACAAAAACAUUAGAGAAAAUUGCAUCAAAGUAGUAGCUAGAAUUUAUACCGAAUCAGUUGACGAAAUUGAAAGAAACCGUGAAAAUGAAGAACUUUGGGAAGUUGUUGACAAAACACCUUGUGUCCUCUUCAAUCUCUACUAUAUUAAUGAUCCGAACAUUACUUUCCAAACGGACACUGUGAUAUUUGAGAAGCUCUUUCCGUUACAACCAAAUGAUGGAUUAAGGGUUAAAAGGUUAUUACUUCUGCUGAGUCAUUUUGAUCAAAAAGCGUUUUCAUCAUUCUUUGCGUACAAUAAAAGACAGGUACAGAUGAGUAACGUCUUGAAUAAAUUCAUUGAACUUUGUGAGGUUAUAAAUUCGCCUGAUUCAAACGAAGAAAGUAAACUGAAACUGAACAAGACAAUUGACUGGUUUGUGGCCACACUACCCACCCAAAUAGACUGCAAGGCUAUCUUUGAGAAGUUUUUGGAAUUGAAUGAUAAAAGAAUACAUCAUUUGAUAAAAACCUGUAUUAAGCGCGAUGUUAAUUAUUCAACGAUGAAGAAUUCAAUGGUAGAACUAAUCACAAGGCUAAAAGAUGAGGAGCUGUUUAAAAAACGAAACGUUAAAAUUGGCUCUUCCUUCACUAGAGAUACAUUUCAAUCAGUUUUUAAGAUUUUGAUUUACAGAAGCGCACCUUUGAUAUAUAAUGUUUCAACUGUUCCGUUAUUACUGGAUAACAACAGGAAUUCUACUACUCUGGACCUAAAGAGGAAGUUAGUAGAGCAUAUAUCUGAAGUUAAUCCUACUAUUUUCAGGGACCAAUUGGUUUCUUUAAAGGAAAUAGUGAAAAGACUUGAUGAUACAGACAUUUUGCCUGGAGAAACAAUGACUGUAAGCGAAGCUCUAAAGACGAUUUACAAAAUCUCUAUAUCCCUUACAGAUAUAGUAGACAUGGAUGAUGAAUUCUUUAUUACCAGAUUGAAAGAAUUGGCUGUUGAUGGUACACCAGACGAGGCAAAGUAUGCCUUGAAACUAAUAUCUUUGACGUCUAAUAAGACGGAGAUCUUAACCAGCAUUAAAAAACAAAUUUUGCCAUUAGCAAUUGAGGACUGUAAGAACUUCCCCUCGCAUAUACUCGUUUUGGCGGAGAUAUUUAAGAUAGACCCUCAUGUCCUUGAUGAUGACUCAACUGACAUUGUAAGCUACUUAAUCAGACACACUUUAUUGGCAAACCAAGUUGUGGGAGACUCUCAAUCAGAUGGUGUAUGGAUCAAUGAUACACAGCUCAAUGAUCCAGUGUAUUAUCCUUUGGCAUCUAAAUUGUACUCGCUAAAGUUAUUUACCAAUAAACUAAGAUCUAUAUCAAAUGAGGUUGCGGAUGAUGAAAUAGCGCAGACGUUUACUGAAAAAACCAUGAAGCUCUUCUUCUAUAUGCUUGCUAAUGGAGGGGAAUUAAUAGCUGAAUCUAACAAUGAAAACUACCCUACUCCAAAUAAUUAUCAGACAAAGCUAAGAUAUUACGCAGGAAUACAAGUCUUAAAAGUCGCAAAGGUUCCCAACUUUAAUAGCUUCAUUCUGCCAAAGGAUAUCAUGAAAUUGGUGAACUUGGUUGAAGAUGAAUGCCUAGAAGUACGAAGAGCGUUUUUGGAUAAGCUUCGCCAUUAUAUCGGUAAUGAGUAUAUUUCCAUCAAGUUCCUGCCUUUAGUGUUUUUUAUGGCAUAUGAACCAGAUACCCAACUGAAGCAGGAUAUCAAAACAUGGAUAAAUUUCACCAUUAACAAAACUGGGUUCCAGAAGGGUACCAUUUUUGAAAGAGCUUUGCCAAGACUAAUACAUUGCAUUGCAAACCACCCAGAUGUUAUUGAAGGGAUAAAAGAAUCCGGUGACACUUUCUUGAAUAGUAUAACGACUGCCAUUGACUAUUUAGUCUUCUACUUCGAUUCCGUCGCCUCUUCGCGAAACAUCUGCUUAUUAUACUAUUUGGCAGGAAGAGUAAAGCAAUACCAAGACAGUACUAUAAACGAGGAAGCUGAUACAAAUGAUGGAGCGCAAUCUUCUCCCAAAAAUAUUUACAUUAUUUCUGAACUCACACAACUGAUUUUAUCAGAAUUGAAGAAUCAACGUGGUUGGAAUUUACCUGUAUACCCAGGCAAAUUAAAUCUUCCUUCUGACUUAUACCAACCUUUUCCAAGCAUGGAUGAAGCCCAACGCAACACUUUUGUUAGCUAUUUACCUGAUGAUCAAAUUGAUUCCUUGGUAGCGAAUAUUAAAGGCAAAUUAUCGCGUCUAUCACAUAACUCGUCUACUAGAAAACAAAUCACCCAGAAGAAGAAGCUUACGAGUGAAUACCAGAAUUCUCGUCCUAGUUCUUCAAAUAAACCGAAAAGACGUAAAAUAAAGGAUAAUGAUGCUGACGGCGAUGAUUCGGAUACGUCUGACGCAUAUGUUCCCAAACUGAGAAACGAAAAUGCAAAUAUCCGAAAAAGUACUAGGAGUAGGAAGACUGUAAACUAUGUUGAAGACGAUGAGAAUGAAAAUGGAGACUAA